AUGGCCAUCGCAGAACAAAUGGGCCAUGCGCUCCAGAAGACUAGCGUGAGUACAAAUGUCAAGGAGCGUCUCGACUUUUCGUGUGCUAUAUUCGACGCCUCGGGAGGGCUCGUAGCGAAUGCGCCGCAUUUACCUAUCCACUUGGGAUCUAUGUCGACGUGUGUUAGAACACAAGCCAAGAUCUGGGAGGGCAAACUCAAAAAAGGAGAUGUGAUCAUGUCAAACCACCCAUCGUAUGGCGGUACACAUCUGCCAGAUAUUACUCUUAUCAUGCCUGCCUUUAACGAGAAGGGGGAUAAGAUUCUGUUUUACGCAGCAUCACGAGCACACCAUGCAGACAUCGGUGGAAUCACCGCGGGUAGCAUGCCACCGCUUUCACGUGAACUGUUCCAAGAAGGCGCUUCGAUUGAGAGCGAAAAAAUCGUCAGCGAGGGCAAAUUCAAUGAAAAAAGAAUCAUAGAGCUACUCUAUAACGAACCAGCGAAGUACCCUGGGUGUAGUGGAACUCGAUGUCUGGCAGAUAAUAUCAACGAUCUCAGGGCGCAGGUUUCUGCGAACCAAAAAGGCAUAUCCCUGAUCGAAGGACUCAUUCAGGAGUACGGCGAAGAUACUGUACAAUUCUAUAUGGUCAGCAUCCAAAACAACGCAGAGCUCUGUGUUCGGCAGCUAUUAAAACAGGUCUACAAGAAAUUCGAAGGAAAGGACCUGUCUGCAGUUGACUAUAUGGACGAUGGAACUCCGAUUCGGCUACGCGUCACUAUCGACCCGGAGAAGGGAGAGGCAGAGUUCGACUUCGAGGGUACGGGUCCUCAGGUCUACGGCAAUGUCAAUGCACCCGAAGCCAUCACAUACAGCGCUAUCAUCUAUUGUCUGCGCUGUCUGAUUUCUGAAGACAUCCCCCUGAAUCAGGGUUGUCUCAAACCUGUCAACGUCAAAAUUCCUCCCAAGUCACUCCUGUCACCGUCGACGGGUGCUGCCGUGGUGGGCGGCAACGUAUUGACUAGUCAGAGGGUCACAGAUGUUAUAUUGAAAGCAUUCGAAGCAUGUGCCGCCAGCCAGGGUUGCUGUAACAACCUGACGUUUGGGUUCGGCGGUAACAUUUCGGGAGAGGAAGAAGUCAGGGGCUUCGGGUACUACGAGACGAUUGCGGGCGGCAGCGGUGCGGGACCGGACUGGGAAGGCACCAGUGGUGUCCACGUACACAUGACGAACACACGUAUUACGGACUCUGAAGUAUUCGAGCGACGAUACCCCGUGCUUCUGCACGAGUUUUUUCCAUCCGCGAAGGAUCGGGUGGUAUGGCCAACAUCGCGGUGGCGAUGGAGUCGUCCCGCGACAUCGAGUUCCGGAUCCCCAUCCAUGCUCGAUCCUCAGCGAGCGACGAUCUACAGGCCUUACGGUCUAGCCGGCGGCGAGGAUGCCGAGUGCGGUCUCAAAUCUGGUGUGCACGCACAGCAGGACAGAGACGACGUUGAGUAUGAGGUACGCUAUAUCAACUUAGGUGCUAAGAACAGCGCCCCUAUGAAACCCGGAGACCAUAUCAUCAUUAAUACGCCCGGAGGAGGAGGUUGGGGCAAGGUCGGAGACCAGAAGGUCGAGAGAUUACGAAGAGAUCAUACUGAGUCUUGGAGGAAGGGCAGCCAUACCGCUAGGGAAGAUGCCGCUUUGCAGGCAUAG